AAAGUACUCGCGCGCUUUUACGCAGAGCUGCCGGAGCAUCCGAGUGCACAGUGUCCAGUAUGGCCCCCCGGUACUGCCAAACCAUCCCUGUGGUUGUGCUUCUCAUACUGGCAAUAGUCGGGAUUCUGCUAGUGGUCCUUCCAGCUCGAGAGAUGGAGACACCACCUGAAAACAUGUAUGGAAUUGUUCUGGAUGCAGGCUCAUCCCACACCUCCAUGUACAUCUACAGAUGGCCGGCUGACAAGCAAAAUGGCACUGGUAUUGUUACCCAGCACAGCGAGUGUCAUGCUAAAGAUGGAGGGAUAUCUAGCUAUGCAGGUGUCCGUGGGGGUGCAGCAGAAAGUCUGGAGGGCUGUCUGGAACAAGCUGUGAAAGAUAUCCCCAAAUCCAGGCACCACCAAACUCCACUCUAUCUGGGAGCCACUGCCGGCAUGAGACUCUUGAACAUAGUCAAUGCCACAGAGUCCCAGCGGGUACUGAAGGAAGUGAAACACAAACUGCAGUCUUACCCUUUCAAAUUCAAAGAGGCAGCCAUCCUGAGUGGACCGGCGGAGGGAGCAUAUGGCUGGGUCACAGUCAACUACUUACUUGAAAACUUUGUCAAGUAUGGUUUUGUCGGGCGUUGGCUGAAUCCAGUCAAAGAGACAAUUGGAGCUUUGGAUUUAGGCGGAGCUUCCACACAGAUUGCUUUUGAGACCUCGGAAAAGGUGGAGAACAAGGAUAAUGUGAUGGAGCUGAAGCUUUAUGGACAAACCUACACACUAUAUACCCAGAGCUUCCUGUGCUUUGGCCAAGACCAGUUCCUGCGCAAACUGCUGGCUCAUCUUAUCACGACUGAAGGUGUAAAGCCCCAAGUGUCCCAUCCCUGCUAUCCACUACAGUUCAACGUCUCUAUCAAGCUCGGUGAGGAUGUCUUUGAUUCUCCGUGUACUCAGAGCUACCGACCACCCCAGUUUAACCGCCAGAUGUCGGUAUCAGUGGUGGGCACAGGAGAUUACCAGAACUGCCUGGACAACGUAAAAAAGAUGUUCUCCUUCGAGAACUGCUCUUACUCCAAGUGCUCGUUUGAUGGAGUUUUCCAGCCCAACUUGAGAGGAAACUUCAUGGCCUUCUCUGCCUUCUUCUACACUUAUCGCUACAUCAACAGCCUCACCAACAUCCCCAUCACGUCCCCCAGUCGACUGAAGGAGGCAAUCCAACUCAUCUGCAACAUGACCAUCUCUGAGAUGUCAGAAAAGUCAAUGGAGAAAGAGAAAUACUUGAAGAAUGUCUGCGCCAUGUCCAAUUUCAUCCAGGUCCUCUUACUGCAAGGCUACGGUUUUGAUAAGAGCUCCCUUCCUUCCAUCUCUUUUCAGAAAAAGGCAGGGGGAGCCUCUGUAGGCUGGGCUUUGGGGUACAUGCUCAGACUGAGCAGUAUGGUACCUGCAGAGAGGCUUGGACUGACAAAGGCUCUGCCCGCAGGGCCCUGGGUUGGCAUUCUCUUCCUCUUCAUCACCCUCCUACUCAUUGCACUGGGAUACCUACUGAUGAUCUUCAGAAGCACAAGAAUUAAAGAAGGCAUGGUGUAAGAGCAAGGGGGACAUACUUCCCAGUCCAAUUCCUAUUCUCUUAGAGUGUGCACAUGUCCAUCCAAAACUUUCCAUGUCUUGCAGUAACAUUGUAAAUUCUUUGUUGCACUAUUUUGUGUGUGUGUGUGUGUGUGUGUGUGUGUGUGUGUGUGUGUGUGUGUGUGUGUGUGUGUGUGUUUGUGUGUGUGUGUUUGUGCGAAUGUGUGUGUGUUUGUGUGUGUGUGUGUUUGUGCGUGUGUGUGUGUGUGUUUGUGCGUGUGUGUGUGUGUGUGUGUGUGUGUGUGUGUGUGUGUGUGUGUGUGUGUGUUUGUGCGUGUGUGUGCAUGUAAGUGAAAUCAACAAAACAGUACAAUAUGGUCUGAACAAUUUUCUUUGCAAAACUUCCACUUGCUUGUGGAGACUCACAUCAGUGUGUGUAAAAUUAAACCAACAGAUUAAACCAUGUUUUUUGUAAA